AGACACAGAAGAAGAAAGAAAGUGAGGGAGGUAUAGCAUUAACCACUUUCUUGAAGAUGAACCCAGAACCAGCUUCACUCGAAGAAACACCAACAUGGGCUGUUUCAAUUUUUUGUUUGGCAUUCUUUGUUAUCUCGGGCACCAUCGAUGCUGGUCUUCAUAGAUUAACCAAGUUUCUAAAGAAAAGGAAAAGGAAAGCCCUCAAUAGGGCCUUGGGAAGGAUCAAAAUAGAAAUGAUGAUACUGGGCUUCAUAUCCUUGCUUCUUACAAUAUCCGAAGAAGCACCCAUAUCUAAAAUCUGUGUCCCCCAAUCCAUGGCAAACUCUUUUCUUCCCUGCAAGGAUGCACUUGAGAUGGUGGGAUCAGAUGUUUCAUCGGACACAAAAGUCUCAGGAUCGACAUCCAACACUACUACCCCUCCUACACAUGAAACCACAGAUGAUGAUUCCUACUGUGAGGCAAAAGGAAAGGUUUCUCUGGUGUCAAGAGAAGGGAUCACGCAGCUAAAUAUCUUCAUCUCAAUGUUGGCUGUCUUCCAUGUUCUCUACUGUGUCUUCACAAUGUGUCUUGGGAUAGCCAAGAUGAGGAAAUGGAAAGCAUGGGAGAAGGAGACACAAACUCUUGAGUAUCAAAUUGCCAAUGAUCCAAUGAGGUUCCGGUUCACGCGCCAAACGUCAUUUGGGCGACGACACUUGAAGUUCUGGAGUGAUUAUCCUCUCUUAAUUUGGCCUGUUUGUUUGGUUAGACAAUUCACUGGCCCAGUUUUGAAAGCUGAUUACUUCACCCUCAGAAAUGGAUUCAUCAUGGCCCACUUGGCCCAAGGAAGCAAUUUCAACUUCCAAAAGUUCCUUUCCAGAGCUUUUGACAAAGAUUUUGAGCAGGUGGUUGGAUUCAGCUUUUGGAUAUGGAUCUACUCCAUACUUUUCAUAUUUUUCAGUGCACAUGGGUUCUAUAACUACUAUUGGCUACCUUUUAUUCCUCUGCUGAUUAUUCUGGUUGUGGGGACAAAGCUGGGAGUUGUGAUAACCAGAAUGUGUUUGGCGAGUUCUAAUGAGAAUGAUGUGAUUCGAGGGACCUUUCUUGUGAAGCCUCAUGAUGAUUUAUUCUGGUUUGGAAGACCUAACUGGCUUCUCCAUCUCCUCCAAUUUGUGCUAUUCCAGAACUCAUUUCAGCUGGCAUUCUUCGCGUGGACAUUGUAUGAGUAUGGCCUAAGAUCUUGCUUCAACCGAGAGACGAAGGACAUUGCAUUAAGGAUUGCUAUGGGCGUGGUUGUUCAGUUCCUAUGCGGUUAUGUGACCCUCCCUCUUUAUGCGCUUGUCACACAGAUGGGUUCUCAAAUGAAACGAGAGGUGUUCACAGAGAGAGUAGCGAAGGGUCUCAGACACUGGCACAGCACUGCAAGGAAAAACCUUUCAAGGGAUAGAUCCACUUCAACCAGACCCUCACCGAGGACUUCUUUUUCAGAUGGACAAACCUUAUACUUGCCCCAGCAUGACCACCUCCAUUCCUCAGCAGCCACGAGUUCUCUUGCAAGCCCUGAAAUCUCAGAAGAAACUGUACAGCCCGACACCCCCCCUCCCCCAGCUGAGACAAGCUUCUCAACUAAUCCAGAAAUCACUGAAGUGGAAGUGCAGCCCAAGAUCAUCACCAGAGGAAGCUAUGACGGUGAGAUCUCUUUUGCUAGCACCUGGAAGGUCCAGUAAAUUAGCAAAAGUACCUGGGGACACCAUUUCAAUGCUAGAAGAAAAUGACCCUGAUUUGGAAACUGAUUUCGAUCAUUAGUACAUGUCUUCCUGCCUUGUAAAUUCUUCGUCCUGUAGUGAAAAUUUUGAGGUUGCACCACUGUAUGUCUUUUUCAGAGUGAAUUUCAAAAUCCUCUGGUUCAUAGGGAAUCGAAAAAUGCAUGCAACUUCCAUGGAUGCAGAUGCAUUUUCUUCA